AUGGCAGGCCACAUGACUAGGUCAAGAAGGCUAGAAACUCAGCAGCUGGAACAGUCGAGGGCUAAGUGGACAACAUCACUCACUAAGAUACUGGCUGAUUUGAUGGUUGACCAAGUACAUAAAGGGCAUAAACAAAACAAUUCUUUCAAUAAGAAAGCAUGGAAACAUAUAUGUGAUGGAUUUUACAACAAAACGGGUUUGAAAUGGGACAGGGACCAACUCAAAAACCGACAUUCAGUGUUGAGGAGGCAGUAUGCUAUCGCUAAGUCCAUUCUUGAUCAAGGUGAGUUUAUUUGGGAUGAAGCCACGGGAUCUAUAAGGGCGGAUGAUGAAAUUUGGGCUGAAUACAUCAAGAAUCAUCCCGAUGCUGAGCCCUUAAAAAGUGGUGGCUGUCCAAUCUUUAAGGAGCUAUGUACAAUAUUCUCUGAGCCAACAACAAACGGAAAGCAUGAAUUUUUAGCUACGCCUGAGGAGUCUUCAUCUGAAUCCGAUGACGAGGAAGAUUCAAAUUACCAUCCAACAGUUCAAACUACUACACCUACAGCAACUUGCAAUAGUCGCAAAAGAGGUCGUAAAGGAGUUGACGAUGCUAUUGUUGAGGCUAUAUUGGAAAUGGCUUCUGCUUCAAAGAUGAGAGCAACUGCUAUAGAGAAACGUAACUCUAAAUACAGCAUUGCUGACUGUAUUAAAGAAUUAGAUUUAAUGCAAGGUGUUGAUCAAAGGAUAUAUUUUGCUGCUCUAGAUGUUUUCAACAAACCUAAUGCAAGGGAGAUAUUUUUAUCUCUCAAAAAGAAUAAACGUUUACCAUGGUUGCACCGCAGAUGUGCUGUUGCAUUCCAGUAG